ACACGUCCGUAAACAUCAAACCUCCCCUCCCCUCUAAACGUUGCCCAAAUCGCGCUUUGCGUCACGAGCCGCGUCCGCGUAUAAUUAAAACCAUAUUGAGAAAAACGUAAAUACGACCCAAGUUCCUCCCUCGGUCUUCUGCAGGCAGAGAGCGCGGAUCUGUACGAGCAGUCUGAAGUUGUUGCAGCUCGUUUUGAAGUUGAAAUAUUAUUAGGCUACAUCAAUAAACACCGCACAAUGGCUGGUCUUAAGUACAUGAGUGGUUUUGGCAACGAGUUUGCCUCUGAGGACCCUCGCUGUCCGGGAUCUUUACCUGAGGGACAGAACAAUCCACAAGUGUGUCCAUAUGGCCUCUAUGCUGAGCAACUCUCUGGAUCUGCCUUCACCUGCCCACGGCCCACCAAUAAAAGAAGCUGGCUGUAUCGCAUUUUGCCUUCUGUGCGUCACAAGCCCUUCACUGCAGUGAACUGUGGAAAUCUGACAGAGAACUGGGAUGAAGUGGAGCCUGAUCCUAACCAGCUUCGGUGGAUGCCGUUUAACAUCCCCAAAACAUCAGAAAAAAAAGUGGAUUUCACAUCGGGUCUGCACACGGUGUGCGGAGCCGGAGACACAAAAUCCCGUAAUGGCCUCGCCAUCCACAUGUACACCUGUAACACAUCAAUGACCGACAAGUGUUUCCAGAAUGCAGAUGGUGACUUUCUUAUUGUUCCUCAACAAGGUGAAAUCUUGAUUACUACGGAAUUUGGAAAGAUGAUGGUGGAGCCCACCGAGAUUUGUGUCAUGCAGCAAGGGAUGCGUUUCACUGUGGAUGUGUUUGGGGAGACCAGGGGAUACAUUCUGGAGGUCUUUGGAGCCCAUUUUGAACUUCCAGAUUUGGGUCCUAUUGGGGCUAAUGGACUUGCUAACCCCAGGGACUUCCAAACGCCUGUGGCAUGGUAUGAGGAUCGCACUGUGGCCACUGGUUACACCAUUGUCAAUAAGUACCAGGGGAAGUUCUUCUCCUGUCAACAGGAUUUUUCGCCAUUUAAUGUAGUGGCAUGGCAUGGAAACUACACACCCUACAAAUACAACCUGGAGAACUUCAUGGUUAUCAACUGUGUAUCAUUUGAUCAUGCCGAUCCAUCGAUAUUCACUGUACUGACAGCAAAGUCCACAAGACCAGGUGUUGCCAUUGCAGAUUUUGUGAUCUUUCCUCCUCGCUGGGGUGUGGCUGACCAUACCUUUCGGCCCCCUUAUUACCACAGGAACUGCAUGAGUGAGUUCAUGGGAUUGAUCAAGGGUCACUAUGAAGCAAAGGAAGAAGGUUUCCAACCCGGAGGCGGCAGUCUGCACAGCAUAAUGACUCCUCAUGGGCCUGAUGUGGAGUGUUUUGAGAAGAACAGCACAGUUGUUCUUAAACCAGAGAGAGUUGCAGCGGGCACUAUGGCAUUCAUGUUUGAGUCGUCCUUCAAUAUGGCUGUGACUAAAUGGGGUCUUGAAACAUGUCAACGUUUGGAUAAGAAUUAUUACAAAUGUUGGGAGAGCUUAAAGAGUCACUUCGAUCCAAAAUGGAAACCAAGCAGCAAAUAAAAAAGGAAAGGUUAAGCACUUUCAGUGUCGCAAGAUAUAAACCUUUGAAAUUGAAUGAGUUUUUAAUAGAAAGAAAUGAGAAAUGUUUAGAUAACAGAAAACUAUACAAUGAAAAAUGCUGUUGGAAUAACACCAAAGAAAUAAAUAAAUAACCAAACAUAA